UACCUUCCCUCCCUGUACAGUAAUCAAUUCUUGUUUAUCAGGUCCCAUCAGCUGUCACCUCUUCAUUUUUUCCUCCCAUUAAGGAUCACAUCUUCCUAAAUUGACCUGCAAAUUCUGCUUCUCUUUCCUUGCACCACCACAGAGAUCAAGUUCUGUGAGCCUAAGUGCUCAAUUCAGAAGAGAAUGACAGGGGAAUUUGGAGAUAAAGAUGAUCCAAUUGAGCUGCAGACAAGAUAACAAAGGCCUGCAAUCAUCAUCUUCAUCACUGGGCUCCUCCACCUCCUUGUGAGAUACCUUCUCAGGCCUACCAGCAGGGAGCGAGAAGACCUGGACAAUGCUACAGCACUGCAAGGACAGCUGCAGCGGAUGUUCCAUCUCCAUGAUGCAGGGGUGGACCAGUCCUUCAUCGACACUCUCCCAGUCUUUCUCUACAAAUCCAUCAUAUACCUCGAGGACCCAUUCGAUUGUGCUGUCUGCCUCUGUCAGUUUGAGGCUGAUGACAAGCUCAGGUUGCUCCCAAAGUGCAGCCAUGCCUUCCAUGUACAGUGCAUAGAUACUUGGCUCAUGUCCCACUCCACCUGUCCUCUUUGCAGAAGAAGCCUUCUUCCCGACCUCUCUCUCACCGACAGUUUUGGUCCCGUAGUCCUUGUUCUUGAGCCUGGAAGUGAGAGCUCAAGAGAGACUGCUUCUGAGAGGGAGGGCUCUAUGCCCAAUGUUGACCUUGGUUCUAAUGGAGACGAAGACACUGGGCCUUCCAUCGUUCACACUUCCCAAAGGCCGGUGGAGAUGGCAGAAAGGGAAGAAGUUGGUAUGGCACUGCCAGUUUCAGAGGCUUCGGAGACAAAGGUAGUGCCCGUCAAACUUGGCAAGUUUAGGAGCGUGUAUGUCGGUGAAGGAAGCAGCACUGCCAACGGUAACUUGGACCAGAGGAGGUGCUUCUCCAUGGGUUCGUACGAGUAUGUGAUGGAUGAUAGGGCAUUGCUUCAGGUUCCCAUCAAACCACCAAAGAUGAAGCCCGAGCACCGGUUUGCGGUGUCGAAGUUCGGUUGCCAUUCGAGAAGGGGUGUGUUUAAAGGAUCGGAUGCACUGAGAGCUACAGAAUUCAGAGGUGAUGCUGGUAAUGUCGGUAUCAGCAGUCAUCUGCACAUGAAAGAGAGCUUCUCGGUUUCCAAGAUAUGGCUUCAGUCCAAGAAAGAGAAAUCUAUGGCCGGGGAUUCUUCCCGGCGGGCCCUUUCUUUCAGGACUGGCGAUGAAUUGUAUCUAAUAAACGGUAUCAGCCAUGCUGCUACUGCAUCUGAAUUAGAUCCCACAGCUGGGGAGAAGAGUGCAAGCGAAGUAGAUUUAGAUGUGGAGGUAGGAAGAUGCAACGACGGCGUCGGAUCUUGGUCUGAUGGGGCAUUCUCAUUUGCCAGGAGAACAUUGCUCCGGUUAGCAGGAAGGCAGAAUUUAUGAUUGUCUGUGCCGAGCAUUCUUGCAUUUACGAGAUGCAGGAGGUGAUCAAGAAAGACAGAAUAAAGAUCAUUGCACACACCCUUUGAGAUUCCCUUUCUUUUUUUUUGUCUUUUGCUUGCAAAUUCUUCAAGAAACUGAUGGAAUGUCAUAUACAUGUUUCUCAUCAAAAUCUGAAACUGAUGUGUUGCAGGAAGUGGAAUUUGUUCAUCAGUUUGACUGUAAGCAAAGUUGUCAUGAAUUGUGUUAU